AUGGGCUCAGAGGCGCCAUCGGCAGAAGUCGUCUGCAGCAUCGUCUUCGGCAUUAUAGCAACUACCUUGGCCAUGGUUGGUAUCAUCCAGAACUGCUUCCGCAAACGUGCUAAAGAACGCGACCUCGAGCAGCACCAGUCCUGGUAUGGGAAUUCACGCCUUGGCUUACCCCCUCAGAGAGUCCAGACUUUCCCCUUGGGCAUCCAACGGCGCCGCGAACAGCGACAGCACACAAUGGAAACGUUGGUGGCCUCGUCCCAUGCGUCUGUCUACGUGUCGCCCCGAAUGAGCGAGGAUGUAGAUGCCGCCGCGGCGAAACAAUAG